GGGCGGGUGGAGCAGGUUGUUGUUUGAUUGCCUACGCUACGAUUGAUGAGCCCAUUUCGUUGGGUUUUUAGUUUUUCGCGAAAAACCUGCUCGUAGCCGUUUCAGUUGAUUCAUGAAAUCAGCGUAGAUUGGUCGCCGUUGAAAGGACCCGGAGAACGGAAGGAAGAUAGAUAUCUGUUUACCAGUGAAGUGUUCCCUCUCGCAAGUGCAGUGAAUUAAUCAGUGUAACGAACUGGACGGUCAAAUAAGACAAGCCAAAUUGCUCUGAGCGUUGUCCUCCGGUCUCGCGGGAAGGAAAAUGACACGACGACAUUGCUCGUUUGUUUUUUCAUUCUACUGGCUCGAAGAGGAAAAUUGAAAGCGGGCGGUACGGCGACGUUAGAUUAGGAAGAUCGGGGUCUGACGUUGGUGUUUUUCAGAAGUGGAAAAAUAGAGACGGAAAAAGUGUGUUUGUGACUAAAAAGCGAAUUUCAGCCUUCAUGUGAACAGAUCAGGGAGAACUUCCGUUUAAAACAUCAGAUAUAAAUUUUACUCUGAAUAAACCUUCAUCAGUCUAUUGCUUUUGCUGUAUAUUUGCUCGGUAGUGCAUCGGAGAUGUGCCCGGAUGUUUGCGAACAUCUGAAGAAGUGUGAGUCGAGUUAGAACGCUCCGUCGGCUUGAUUCUGGCGGACUCACGAAUGGCCACCAGUGAAGAAGCCCAGAAGGCUAAGCCAGACCGUACUGAAGAAGCGUGUAGUGGAGCGAGAGUGUGCCCAGAUACCCUCUAAUGAUCCCGGGGUCGGCCGGUAUCGGUGAACGAGAAUGUGAAUGUGCUCUGCGCUGUUUGCCACUGGUGAUGAGAUUGAUGAGAAAAGCAAACAGAAAUAAUGAAGUGCAAUUUUUGUUACCUGAUGGUGAUGGUGCUUUUGGGGCUGCUGCUCGGAGGUGGGCGAAGGAACAUGAUGGCGGUGUCCGGAUACAGCAGUGAUCCACAUUUGUUUGAGAACAGAGACGGUUACAUAAUAGGCAAUUACCUGCACGCAUCGGAACAGGACAUCCGGGACUUUUUCUGGACCGGCUCGGGCGAUGGGCCCUCGGCAGUUAAUCCCUUCGACCGGUUUCCAAUCAGUGAGGAUGCAAUCAUCAAAACGGCCACCGUUGUGGCCACGGUGUACAUCGACCGGAGCAACAACGGGAACGGGGCCGGAGAUGAGUUGUGCAUCUUCGAUUGUCCUCCGGACAGUGGCCAAACGAUUGAUAACGUUACCCCCACCGACAGGAGAUUCUGGCUGAUGACGGUCAUCGGAGGGCUGUUUGGCAAGAAGGAUUACCCGGAGCUGGAAGGAAAACUAGCCAAACUGUACCGGGUGGCGUUUACGAGACAACAGGCAUUACAUCUCGGUAUCAACAACAACACUCUUCACAUGCAAUCGUCACCACCGCAGAGAGCGAAUCGAAUGCGGAGGAGCAUUCCAUCGUCGGAUAGUCCCCACGAGCUUAGGACCAGUGAUCGGGGAGGCAAACCCGUGGCAAACAUGGCAAUGGUCGUGGGAGCAUCAAGUGGCAAACGUAAGCCGCUCGAAGGUAGGAAUGUCCUUGUGAAUGAGCGGGUCCACAAGUACGAACGGUAUCGAAGAAGACGUAGGAAAAAGGUGCACAAACGAGAUACGGAUGAUGGAUCUGGCGAUGGAGAUGGGGACGGACAUCAUCCGGUGGUGGUUGUGUCCGAAAGAGGUCAUGCGGCAGCAGCCCAGGAGGAUCUGAUGCAGCAGUUACAACAGGUUCCUGUCAUCGGUGAUGAAUCGCCAGCACCACUGGCGCGUAAUUAUGACAAGGAGGCGUACUCGAGUCCUAGUGAAGCCGGCGGCAGCAGCAGCAGCACCAGUGGCAAUAAUAAGCGACAAGUACGUAUUUUGAUACACAAUACCACCCACUUGCGGGAGGGCGACAGCGACGAGGACCUAUCGACAGAUGCUAUCGAUUCAGCCAGAUCAAAUCAGCUGCUGAACCAAACGGAAAUCAUUUAUUCGGUGUUUGUCGGCGGACAACCGGUGCUGGCCACCACGGCAGCUGAAGAUAUGAAACUUAUGUCCCAGGAGGAGGCCGAACACGUGAUGGAAACCCUGGUCUAUCUGAAAGCGGACCCAUACCUCAAGGAACCGCAGGCUACGCCACUGAUCCCGUCCACCUACAACGGAAACUCGAAUGUGAUUGCUCUCAUCGGACAGAACCCGACACUUUUUGUCGUGUCAUGCGUAGCCACUGCACUCUUCCUGGUGCUGUUGAUUGGCAUCUUCCUGGUCACUCGGGGCAAGAGGAAACACAUUACCGAACUGAAGAAAUUGGAGUCAACCCAGGCUCUGGUGAUGCCUGGAAGCAGCGGUGGGGACGAUCUGAACACUGUCAAGUCUGAAAGUGGAAGCAGUCAUCACUCACCUUUUCAUCGAGACCCAUCGACGGUCAGUGUCAUUGGAUCCGUUCCGACGGGGAAGCCAUCCCCGACUAUUCACUUCCCACUGCCACCGAUGUCACGCCCGACGUCGUCCUCGAGUUAUUCGUCCGAUUCGUCCGUUUACUAUCCGAAACGGAAACUCAAGCAUCACACUCAAGAUUUGCUGGACGAACGAGCGGUAACCCUAACCAACAAGCUGCAGAAGCAAUUUGGAUCUUUAGCCGUCGCUGAAAAUAUCUACGCUUCGGUUCAGAAACCAAAGAAGGAGCACACGCAUAAGCGUCGUCGAAAGUAUCUCGGGUCUGAAAAUCGAGUUGGAUCGUAUGAGGGCGCCGGUGCCAUGCUGCAUGCACCGGGAAGUCCCAUCACAACCACCACGACCACGAACAGUGCCAGUGGCUCUAGUGAGCAGUCGUACGAUACGCGACCUGCUAAGCUAACUCCACCUUAUCAACACAACGAAACGUUCAAUACGGAUGUCAUUAUGAAACACUAUCUGAAGAAGAAGACAAGCUCGUCAGCGGCAGCGAUGGGCCACUACAAUGCCGGAUUCACGAUGGAACAUGUUCCGAUCGAAGCGUUCAACAAGGACAAAAUCCGCUAUCUGGAGAAAUGCGGUAGAGCUUCGGUGGACACGGGUAGCAUCGGGUCAUAUCUUAGUAUGGCUUCGGUCAAGAGUUUUCCAAGAUGCUUCGUCCCGGAGCCAUUGAGUCGAGUGUUGGAACCAGUGACGAUGACCCAUUUAGACCAAUCGGAAGGAGGAGCCGAUGGUGGCAAAUCUACUGCCCCUGGAACAGCCUCCACCAGUCAAUACAACACGGACACCGAAAUGCAGUUUUCGCGCACACAAAGCGAUGGAGCUGAUCCGGGCGUUGUGGGACCAAUUGUGUGGCAAAUGCAUAAAAAGGAGAUGGAAGAGCUAACAAGUCCUAUACGUGAUCCGGUGGUCACCCGGAAUCGCUUUGAGGGCUUACUCGAAGGUGCCAUCCAACUCUAUUCGGACCCUCCGGAUAAGGAAGAAGCCAACAAGAACUCGAUCACACUACCCGGAGUAAUACGACCGCCAACGGAACACCGAGGAAAAUCGGCCGCGGCCGCCGUUGUAAGAUCACGUCCUCCUCCCCGCAGGGAACCAACGACGUCCCGUGCGUGCUCGGCCACCGUUCGGCCCGUCACGGCGGCAGGCCAGGCCCGUAGCAAGCUGGAGAGUUCCGGACCACCUUCACCGGGUCGAGGAGCGUGGGGAAGCGGCGCCCAUUCCCCGCUGGUUAGACCGAUGAGCGCUGGUCCGUUCCAUACUCCGGCCGCACCGCAGAUCGAUAUUACGCGCGUAAUGGCCCCGCAGACGGUUCUGGAGUCGACGGAACUGUCCACGGCGCCACUGCUGCAGAAUAUCAUGCAGGAACUGAAACGAUUCCGGAACGAGUGAAGUCCCGAAGCAAACGUCUCAAAAUCCAACCAGUAGAGGUGUAGUUUUCUUAGAAUAUUUUCAGGCUGGAGGGGGCGCUGGAUCGACAAACGUGAACCACUGCCAAUUUUGUGGUAGCUGAUGGCAUUUAUCUGCAUACCUAUUCCUAUCGCUGAUUUGUCCAUGUGGUAGAGACGCGGGUUUUCGUGUACCGGUAGCAAUAGCUGUAGAAGUAGUGAGUUAAUCGCAAUCGUUUUUCCCUACUAUAGAUUAGUAAGAAAACUUUUAGAUAUAGGAAAGGAACAUUUUGUCUACAAACAGUGCGUAAUUGGCGAGUAAGCAUAUACAAUGUACAAUGGAUACUAUACUUGUAAAUAUUUUUGGGAACCUGCUUUUGGAUCGAAUAAAUAAAAUACAAAUUUUCAAUGAA